CGGAAGUGGCUCCUGGGGCCUCGCCACGCACGUGGGAACGUAGAGGAGACGACGAGAAGCAGCAGCAGCUACAGCUACAACAGCAGCUACAACUACAGCGGCUACAACUACAGCGGCUACAGCUACAGUAGCAGCGGCUACAACUACAGCGGCUACAACUACAGUAGCAGCGGCUACAGCAGCAGCUACAACUACAGCUACAACAGCAGCAGCGGCUACAGCAGCAGCAUGGGGAAGAAGACACGCAACCAGCGCAAGGCGGCGUCGCUGGCGGAGCAGGCGGCGCAGGACGCCUUCUCGGGGGUCCCGCACACCCUGGUGUUCUCGCGCGGUACCCCGUCGCGCACGCUCACGCAGCUCGUGACCGACACGCGGCGCGUAAUGCAGCCCUACACCGCCAGCAGCCUCAAGGUUGGCCGCAAGAACGUCCUCAAAGAUUUUGUGACCGUAUCCGGCCCCUUGGGCAUCACGCAUUUCAUGAUUUUCUCCAAAACUUUGGACGGCAUCAACCUGAAACUCGCGCGCAUUCCCAACGGACCGACAAUAACGUUCAAAGUGAAUGAGUACUGCCUGCACAGGGACGUGGUGUCGUCCAUCAAGAGGCACCGCAUGCACGAGGAGCAGUUCACGACGCCGCCGCUGCUCGUGUGCAACAACCUGUCGCGCGAGCACACGCACCUCAAGCUCACCGGCGCCAUGCUGCAGAACAUGUUCCCCAGCAUCAACGUGCACAAGGUCCGGCUGAACACGAUCAAGCGCUGCGUCCUGUUUCACUACGACCCUGACACCAAGCUCAUGGACUUCCGUCACUAUAACUUGAGGGUGGUCCCUGUCGGCAUGAGCAAGGGAGUGAAGAAGCUGCUGCAGGAGCGAUUCCCCAACAUGUCGCGGUUUUCAGACAUCAGCGACCUUUUGUUAAGGGGAGGCAACCUCUCUGAGAGUGAGGCGGAGGUGGAUGGAGACCACAACAUCACCGAGCUGCCCCAGUCUCUGUCGGGCCGCGGCAACAUGGCUGCCCAGCAGAGUGCCGUGCGGCUCACAGAGAUCGGUCCCCGAAUGACUCUGCAGCUGAUCAAGAUCGAGGAGGGCCUGUGCGAGGGGAAGGUUCUGUUCCACGAGUUUGAGCACAAGUCGGAGGAUGAGCUCGCGAAGAUGCUGCGUCGACGCGAGGCGAAGCUCCUGCUGAAGGACGAGCGACGGCGCCGGCAGGAGGACGACGUGAUGCGCAAGGUGGACGAGCGGGAGAGAAACCGGUUGCGCAGCCUGGCCGGCAUGAAGCGCAAGCUGUCCCAGGUGCAGGAGGCGGACAGCGACGCCGAGGACCCGUGCUCGUCCGGGAAGACGGGCGGCGGCGGCGGCGGCGGCGUGGAGGAGGAGGACGACGAGGCAGAGUUCUACCGGCAAGCGGUCGGGGAGGAACCCGACGCAGAUCUCUUCCCAGCCAAGAGACGAAAAACUUCGCACGAAAGAACUCCCAACCGCGGUCACGACAGAAGCGCGAGGGGCCGCGCCGGGGGGAGGGGAGGGACGGGCGGCGGCGUGAAGAGGGGUGGGAGCUUUGGGAGUGGACGCGGGGGCAGCGCCGACCGAGGGCUCGCUCGUAGGGGUAGGGGCAGCAUGCAGGGCGAGAGAGGCAGAGGGCAGCGGCCCGCUGGUGGUCGCGGUGGUCGUGGUGGUGGUGGUCGUGGUGGUCGUGGUAGUGGUCGUGGUAGUGAUGGUGGUCGUGGUGGUCGUGGUAGUCGUGGUGGUCGUGGUCGUGGCAGUGAUGGUGGUCGUGGUGGUCGUGGUGGUGGGAGUCCAGGGAGGGGCUCUUCUCGGGACAGGGGAGGUGCAGGGGCGAGGUUCAGGACCCCGGAGGCACGCAACGAGAGGUUGAGAAACAGCAGGCCCAAGGCUGCCAAGGGUUCGGGUGGGAGAGGUAGGAAGUUUAAGUGAAGAGGCAUCGCAGCGGAGCAAUGGGAGACGCCAGCGCGGCACGCGACUGCUGCUGCUGCUACUGCUGCAGCUGUUUGAGGGCGUUGUGCGGGCAACACAGGCAACACGUUCAGACCUAUCACCAUUCGCCAUGGCCAGGACUGAUGGGCAUUGUCACAGUUUGGUAUCUUGAUUCAAGUAAAGAAUAUAACUUUUUUGUUUCAUUUGUACCAUAUCUUUUGUAUCGUCUACGUAGCAUGUUAUCGUAUGUUCCCCGAGCCCAAGCGUAGCAUUUACUUUUAAGAAAACCCACGAUUUAUUUUUAUACAAUGCAACGAUUCUCCCACCUUCCCGUGAAAUUAAUUAUUGAUAUUCGGAGUCACGAUUCAAGAUUCGAUUUUUUUUAAAUUGACAUUGUGCUGAAUGUAACGGCCUCUCGUUGCCGAUUAAAAGAUCGAUUCCCGCUUGGAUGCGGAGGAUGUAUUGCGAGAUGGUAGAUCGGCAUGAUCCCCUUCACAGCCGGUGCCAUCUAUUUUCGACGAUGCCUCCGAGAAGGCCGUGUGGCUGAUGGGAUGUGCUGAAAAACCUUUUCCGUGAAGGGACAGAUGUGUAACUGAGUUGUACCGUCUGCUUGUUCCCCGGUAUACGCUCCACAACGACGCAUGAUGAUUAUUUUUUUGGGGCACAGGGGGAGGUAAGUAGGCUCGGUUAUCCGCGUAAGGUUUAUCCGAUUUGAGGAUUAACCGCGCGCAUCUGAGGUUUUUUUAAAUUAAUGACUCAUGGAUUUUCCCUUAAGCCCUAAUUAAUAAUCUAAACACUGUUACACAUUGUUAUUCUUGUAAAUGUUCAUUACAAGUCACACGGUGCUGUAACCGAACAUAUAUGUGCUCUGGUUAAUCCGAAAGCCACGUGAUCGCCUCUAAAGUACAGUAGUUGCAGUUCUUUACAACAGUGGGCGGAGUUUGAUUGAUGUUGGUUGGCUCUGCUGCUGUCCACUCGGUGGGCCGAGUCUUCUGUGCGGGAGCAGGAAAAUUCCGUCACUGAGCACGCGCGUCGAUCAGUCGAUUAUUUACUUUAAAAAAAUGAUUUAAAGCUUUCGCGACUACAGGGAUUUAUAUUCUUGUUUCUUUCGGUAAAGUCACGUAGAAGGGAAAUAAUAAAAUAAUAUGAAUAUAAAAUAAUUAAAAUUAUCACGACGUUUCGACUGCAACACAAGCAAUCAUCAUCAGCAAGACUUUUUUUUUUCUUGCUCUGGAUUUCACACCUGAUGACGAUUGCUUGUGUUGCAGUCGAAACGUCGUGAGAAUUUUUAUUGUUUUAUAUUUAUAUUAUUUUAUUAUUUCCUUCUACGUGACUUUACCGAAAGAACCAAGAAUAACAUUUUCUUUACUUCAAAAUAAUGUUUUAUCUUUAGUAGUGGGUUUUUUGGCAUAGAGAUCCACGGAAAAUUGAUACUUUUUGGAUUAUUCGCGAUGUUGAAUUAUCCCCGGGGCGUCCUCCCCGUCAUGAAUGCGGAUAACCGAGAGUCGGCUGUAGAUGAGUGGCCAAGAGGAGUGGUGGAGACGACGGAGAUCGCUUGGCGUGAGGGCAGGGAGGAGGUGGUGGGAGUGAGUGCGUUACGUUGAAGCAUCUCACUCACGAGCUUGAGUGGAAAGUUGCGAGCACCACGUUGUUUUCAAGUUGAGAUGAAAUGUGGGAAUAAAUCUGCCCCUUUUUAAGUGAGAAACGUGUUUGGCAGCGGUCUCGAUUGUGGUUUAUUUGCCUGGAAAGCUUUCUGCUGUAGCAGUCUUCCGCUUGGCAUGUUGCGAGUGAUUUUCAAGGAAAUUAAUGAGGUCCAUUUACACGAUAAAUCAUCGCUAAAUUGUGCAAAUACUUUGUAUGUCUCCACAAUGGUUGUAAAACAUGGUAAAGCAACAGACACCACCUCCUUAUGUCUAUUCCCCAACCAAAAGAGACAUCCCAUCAGCCACGGCCUCAUUUUCACAUUCAGACUCCACGCAGACAAAAUACAGAUUGUGAAAUGUAUUUGGACAGUAGGCUCCCUGGAAUUUCCAAACGCAAACGACGAAUUUGUAGGGCAAAAUAUUUUCUUUCUCAUUAUAAACGCUCCAUCAGCUAUUGUAUGCGUACAACCACUCGGUUAAUA